AUGUCGCCUGGAUCAGAUGCUGUUGCCGAUGUUAAUGGGCGUCUUCUUUCCCAAUCUGACCCCUUUGUUGUUGUCGUUAGUUGUCUUGGGAAGACAGGGGGGACUAUCUGGCAACUUUUUGAUAUACCGGCACACAACCCAGGCGUACGUCAACUGCUCCAGACCGUCACCAAGGAGUACGAAACCGACAGUGGCAUGGAGACACUUACCAUCAAUUUCCAGUUUAACGAGUCGGGGAAUGGGUCGUACAGGGUUAACGUCACCGGCGAAAAGGUACCGACGUAUCAAAAGUAUUCCCCUGCAUUCGCUCUCAAACAAUGUUUCGACGACAAGAUGAAAUCUGAAAAUGGUCACACGUUGUUUCAAGACUUCAGUAUUCACAUUAAGCAUCUCCCCUUUCGCCAAAGUAAGAAUGGAGUUUGGCAGAAGCUUUGCCACUCUUCUUAUUAUGCACGAGAGGACGAUUUGAACCUCAUGGUGAGUCGUCUCGAAGUCGGCAACGGUGACCUGGCCCGACCUACGGUGUACUACGCUGUCGCACCUGCUGGGUCGGGGAAGAUAGCCAGCGUGGCCGCUGCUUUUGUUCAAAGUGCCAAGGGCAACAGGAUGGAGAGCUACACCCAUUAUCUUUACAUCGCUUUCUCAAAUAACAAGGACCGAAACUUUCAAGCUCACGGUGCAGUUUCCGACGACGCGACGCAAGCUUAA